AUGGAAAUAAUUUUGCAAACCAAUUAGUUAAAGACUACUUUGAUAAAGAUAAUGAAGAUGACUUAAUGGAAACCAAUUAUUUGAAUGAAUUAGCAAAGGAUCAUUUUAAUAGGAGUGAAUUAGUUGAGAAUAAUAAUAACAAUAAGUCAGUAAGUAAUGAAGACUGGUUAGAAACUGAAGAAGACACGAUGGAUAAUCUUUAUGUUGGGCGCUUAAAAAAAAGUGAAGGAUUAGAGGAUGCCAAAAAAAGAACCUUUUUAUGCAAACAUACAGGUACAUACAAACCAAAUAAAUCAGCAGGGUUUGAUAAACAACGAAACAAAACUUUAUGCAAAGUUGGUUGUACAUGGCAUAUUAAUAUUGUCAAAAAAGAUGAACAUAGAGGUUACAAUUUAGAUCAACAAAGUAUACAAUUUUUACCUCAAUUUCGAAAAUUAAGUGAAGAAAUGUUAGAAGACAUUUGCUUUUGGACACUUGAAUGUAAUCUUAAUGCAACAAAACAAUACCGGAUGCUUGUAAGCAAAUAUCAGUGUCGUGUCAUCAAGCAAGAUCUGUAUAAUGUGAUUCAUAUAAUUCGACAUAAAAAAGUGCCUGUAAAAAAUGAUGCAUUCAAAGUUCUUAAUUUCUUGUUAGAAAAAAAGGCUGAUAAUCUGGAAUAG